AGAGUGCAAGGCCCAAAGCCCAGCCUAUUUUACCGCUAAUUGACGCGGAACGAAUCGGUUACCACUUAGGAGGAGUGUAGUGCUGCAAUUGCACUUUGCACUCUGAUGGAGGAAAGAAAAGGAGGGAACAAUCGAACUCAAAGGAAGCAUUUCCAGCAGAAGAGAGAGAACGUGUGGAAGUGGAAGCGUCCUAAAUCAGAUCUUUCCUCCGCAAAUUCUACUCAAACUCCAUUUGAUACUCAAAACUUUGCUUUCGAUAAUUAUUACAAGGAGCAGCGAAUCGUAUCCUCACAAGAAUGGCUUGCUUUCAUGCAAGUUCUCAGAACUCCAUUGCCUGCAACAUUCAGAAUCAAUUCCAGUAGCCGGUUUUGUGCCGAUAUUGGGUCACAACUUGAGAAUGAUUUCGUGCAUUCUCUUCAGGCCGAGAUUGCGGAAGGGGAUGAUACGGAGGCUAUUAUACCUUUGCUGUGGUAUCCUAAGAAUCUUGCCUGGCAUUCUAAUUUUUCACGUAUGCAGCUCAGGAAGAAUCAAAUACUUGGGAGGUUUCAUGAAUUCUUAAAGCUAGAAAAUGAAAUUGGAAAUAUUACAAGACAGGAAGCUGUCAGCAUGGUGCCUCCCCUAUUGUUGGAUGUACAAUCAAAUCAUUUUGUACUUGACAUGUGUGCAGCACCAGGUUCAAAAACAUUCCAAUUGCUUGAGAUUUUACACCGGUCAGCUAAAGCAGGAUCACUGCCUGAUGGAAUGGUUAUAGCAAAUGAUUUAGACAUCCAAAGAUGUAAUCUUCUCAUUCACCAAAUGAAACGAAUGUGCACAGCCAACCUAGUUGUCACCAAUCACGAAGCUCAGCACUUCCCAGGAUGUCUUUUAAAUGGGAAUGAUAAUAAUAUGGAGCCAGAUCAGCAUGCCCAGCUAUUAUUUGAUCGUGUUCUGUGUGAUGUCCCAUGCAGUGGUGAUGGCACCCUACGUAAGGCACCUGAUCUCUGGAGGAAGUGGAACACGGGGACAGGAAAUGGGCUUCAUAACCUACAAGUUCUAAUUGCUAUGAGAGGUGUAUCUUUACUUAAAGUUGGUGGAAAAAUGGUUUAUUCUACCUGCUCAAUGAAUCCUAUAGAGAAUGAAGCUGUUGUUGCAGAGGUUUUGCGGAGGUGUGGAGGGUCCAUUGAACUUGUUGAUGUCUCUAGUGAGCUUCCCCAACUUAUUCGUCGGCCAGGUCUUAUGAGAUGGAAGGUAUGUGACAAGGGCAAGUGGAUGGUCUCUUGCAAAGAUGUUCCCAAGUUUCGUAGAAGUGUAGUUUUUCCCAGCAUGUUUCCGAAUGGUGGAAGCUAUCAGGAUGUUGUUGACAGUAAUUGCAAUAUUAAAAUUGGGGAUGAUAUUAAUGUGGAUGAUGUUAAUGGAAAUUCUGAAGAUGGUGUUCAAGCAGUGGAGAAUACUGUCAUGCAUGAGUUUAGUGGGGAAGUUUCUGAUCUCCCACUAGAGCGGUGCAUGAGGUUAGUGCCUCAUGAUCAGAAUACUGGAGCCUUCUUUAUUGCUGUUUUGCAGAAGGUUUCUCCUCUGCCCGCAAUUCAGGUAAAACCGAGAAAAGAAGUCGAUAAAUGUGUUGAAAAAGCAAACCAGGGCACUGAGGAUGCACAAGUAUUGCCGAUUAAUCUAUCAGAAAGUACACAUGAAGAAAUUUUGGAAGAAGUUUCAGAGGCGAAUAAUGACAAUGAACCUAAUGUAGCAGAGUUGAAGGUUAGUUCCGUUACAUGUGAAGAAGGGAAUUUCAAGGAAGCCCACGAACCCUGCAGUGUAGAAAACAUAAGAAAGAUUACUCCAGGCAAAAGAAAACUGCAGAUUCAAGGCAAAUGGAGAGGUGUUGACCCUGUUGUCUUCUUCAAAGAUGAAUUAAUUAUUAAUAGCAUAAAGGCAUUUUAUGGUAUCAAUGAGCGGUUUCCAUUCAAUGGUCACCUUGUAACAAGAAACAAUGACACAAGCCACGUGAAAAGAAUUUACUAUGUUUCCAAGUCGGUGAAGGAUGUUCUCGAGUUGAACUUCUCAGUUGGGCAGCAACUUAAAAUAACUUCUGUUGGCCUGAAGAUUUUUGAAAGACAAACGUCAUGUGAAGGUAGGUCGGCACCAUGUGCUUUCAGGAUCUCUUCUGAAGGAUUGCCCCUUAUUCUCCCUCACGUCACCAAACAGAUUCUACGUGCAGCCGCUAUAGACUUCAAGCAUCUUCUGCAGUAUAGAUCUGUAAAAUUUGCAGAUUUUGUUGAUGCCGAGUUUGGUGAAAGAGCGGCGAACCUAAUGCCCGGCUGUUGUGUGGUAGUUCUGAGUGAUGGGAGUAAAGCUGCUACAGAGACCUCCCGAGUGGACGAGUCAGCAAUAGCCAUUGGAUGCUGGAAGGGUAGAGCAAGUUUGACUGUGAUGGUCAGUGUAAUGGAAUGCCAAGAACUGCUCGAAAGGCUUUCAAUGCGUCUAGACACAGUAACAGAAAAGGACUCUUCCAUGCAUGAGGACAAACCGUCUAAUAACGUGGGAGAUGAAACACAGGAAUCAAUCGGUAAAAAUGAAGCUGUGGAAGCUACUGGGUGUUAAAAGCGAAUAACUAACGGAUAUUUAUCAACCUUUCAUAAAAAAACAGAUAUUUAUCACUCAUUACCACAAGUAGUCUAUCUAGGUUUUUACUUUUUUAUUAAUGGUUCCUAUCUUUCUUACCUUAGUCAUGGGCCCAUGGAACCCAUGAUAGUUGCUUAUGAGUAUUAUUUCUUUGUUCGUCCUGUUCUUUGUAACAAAGAUAACGGGCUGAACUCAAAAUUUUAAAAUUGCAUCAUGUGUUAUCCAUAGGAUUUAGAAAGUUCACCAAUACUGCUUAAAACACGAGAAUGCAUCCCAUUCUACU